AACCUCCACCCUCCACGGCUGAACCAAUGAGAAGGCGUGACGUAUUCGUAGAGGAAGCACUCAGAAACGAAAUUAUGUGCUGCCGGAGUUUAGCCAGUUGUGAUAGUAAAGUUGAUUCAUGAUUUGCCGUUUUAUUUCAGAGCAGAUGUAUUUUAAAGCCUGAUUAUGUUUUCCCUAUCUCUUGAGAUUUGGUUUAGUUAAUCGAUUGCUUAUGUUUACAUGUUUUUAUAGCUAACAGCUGCAAGUGCCUACUGCAACAGCUUGGACUUUGUAUUUUGUACUGUAAAGUUAGCGUCCACUGGCAGCGACUAAAUUAGAGACAGAAUAUGAAAGGUGCCCAUUAUUAUGUUUCCGAAAUUUGUUUGCUAACGAGCUAGCUAUCAAUGUGCAGAUGUUUAACAGUUGGUUGUUGAGCCAGCUGCUCGGUACCAAUCGUAACUUUGCCUCAAGUCUGAAAUGAAAUCUGCCGAGGAAGCGUGUUGUGUUGUUACAGUUUUUGAGGACUCCAAAGAACACGCGUGUGGAAUUAAACCUCCCAGGUCCGGGGAAACGACUGGGUUUGCAGCAACAAAGCGAUCAAGUUCCAGUGGGGUUAUUGUGAACGACCAUGCUGGAAUCGUGCUAUGUAGUGGGCAUCUCUUUACUCACUUUCUUAUUGACAAGGAAGCCGUUUCACCGGAGCACCAGUUCUUGUUACCACAUAGCAUUAGUGACCAGCUUAACAUUUCCGUACAGUGUUCAGUGCCACAAUGUCUCGCAAUAAGUCACUGUAGUAAUGUGGAUCCAGUUCCAUUUGAAGCCACGCGUAAUGUGAUGCAUUUCAAGUCACAUCUAAUCAUGCUGGUCAACUGUCGGGAGUUUCAGUCAACAUUUGGGAACGUAUUCAAGGAUGUCGAUAAGUGGAGCUUUUACAGUGGCGAGGAGGACGAUGAAUUGAAUAGUAUGCGGUUUUUAAGCUGGUUCGCCGUACUUGGUGUUCCAGGUUUGGCUAAAUCCGAUCAAGGACGGUCUGUGCCGUGGGGUCAUAGUGAAAGUCUGGAAAAGGGGCGUGUGGUUUUCGCCUGCGGCUCCCCCUUCGGCACGUUCUGUCCGGACCUCUUCAUGAGCACCCUCAGCAAAGGUAUCAUCAGCAAUCUAGCCGGAGAAGACAACGCGCUCAUCCUUACUGACGCCCGCUGUUUACCUGGAACCGAGGGUGGAGGUCUCUUUCUUAAACGCGGAGACCUCGCCUACCUCGUUGGUCUAAUCGUGUCUCCCUUGUGUUGGAAAUCCAACGAAUGGAUUGGACUGACCCUAGUGUGCUCCCUGCAGUUGAUACUGAGGAACAUACUGAAGUCUGUGACUCUCCAGGACCCACUGAACGAGAUCUGUGCUCAGUUACCAGUAGUACACACGAUCGAUUGUGCGGCAAAUACAGGCCAAGGCGUGACGCAUCACCCAUCCGUGGCCCUAGUAGAAGCUGGGUGCUUCUGGGGCUCAGGGAUAUUGAUGAGCCCGCAGCUGCUGUUAACUUGCCGGCACGUUUUGCAUGGGGAAUCCAGACUGACGGUGAGGUUCAAGACUAAGUCUCGGUUUCUAGCCUUGAAAGGCGAAGUGCUGUAUUCCACCGACGUGACGUCACCAUAUGACGUGGCAGUGGUGCUCCUGAAACAACAGCUCCCUGACGUCGUCCCCCCAUCUUUCUCCUCCACGUUCACGCCAGGCGAAGAUGUGUACGUCAUCGGCUACGGAGCGUUCGGCCGGAGCUGUGGGCCCACGGUGACUUCCGGAAUCCUCUCCAGAGCGGUCAGCAUCCACUCCCAGCCGGUGAUGCUGCAGACUACCUGUGCAGUGCAGGCAGGGGCCAGCGGGGGCGCUGUGGUGCGAGCAGAGACUGGAGAGCUGCUGGGUCUGGUUUCCAGCAAUACGCGGGACGUGGUUGCCGGGGUAACGUACCCACACCUGAACUUCAGCCUUCCGGGCAGCGUGCUGCAGCCCCUGCUGCGGCGGUUCGGCCGGACGGGAGACCCCGGCGUGUUUCAGCAGCUCGACACCGCGGACGCGCGAGUGAGGAGGGCGUGGCGACUGCAGGCCCCGCCCCCGGAACCCCCGAAGAGCAAACUAUGAUUGGCUGGCCGUGUCUGUGAUUGACAGGCCUUAUUGCUGUAUUCUACAUUACAUUAUUGGCAUUUGGCAGACACUCUUAUCCAGAGCGACAUACAGUUGAUUAGACUAAGCAGGAGACAGUCCUCCCCUGGAGCAAUGCAGGGUUAAGGGCCUUGCUCAAGGGCCCAACAGCUGUGUGGUUCUCAUUGUGGCUACACCAGGGUUUUGAACCCCCGACCUUGCCUGUCCCAGUCAUUUACCUUAACCACUACGCUACAGGCCACCCUAUUCUUCCUCCACCCCAGUGUGGGAGCCCAAACUUUGUUUGCCAAAACUACAAGUGGGGGGGUGGGGGAAGCUCAAGUUCUUGUUAAAAAUAAAUAAAUAAAAUCACA